CCAUAGCUGAAAUACGCGACUUUGCAUUUCCGGGUAGAUCACCGAGUAUUACCGACAGGGGGAGAGACCUGUGUAUAAACACAGAUCUCUCCUCUGUCAGCUCCUGCACACUGCCUUGUAUGGCUCUGCAUAGCCGAGCCAGUAUAAAGCACACACAGCCCACAUAGUAAAACAGCACACAGCUAAACCCUUUGAUUGCCCCAGAUGUUAACCCCUUCCUGCCCAGUGCCAUUAGUACAGUGUCAGUGCUUUUCAUUAGCACUGAUCACUGUAUUGGUGUCACUGGGGAUGUCAGUGACACUAAGUCAGUUCCCCCCAGUGUCAGAAUGUCUGCUGCAGUCCCACAAUAGG